AUGGAAGUGUUUGACCCCCUCCCUCCUCGCCACACCCUGGCUGCCCGCUCCCGCCAGGCCUUGCCGGACCCGGCGGCGUCUACUCUUCCCUCUCACCCACAGUCGCCACGGGCGGGGAUCGGCACCCCAAGCGCAAAGCUGACGUGCCCCCCCGUGCCGUCCCCCUCCCCAUCUCCCACCGCCCAGUCCCCGGCAGCGAUGAGACAGAGCGGCACCUCCCAGCCCCUGCUGAUCAACAUGUACCUGCCAGAUCCCGUCGGAGAUGGUCUUUUUAAGGAAGGGAAGAGCCCGAGCUGGGGACCCCUGAGCCCUGCAGUACAGAAAGGCAGCGGACAGAUCCAGUUGUGGCAGUUUCUACUGGAGCUGCUGGCAGACCGCGCGAACGCCGGCUGCAUCGCGUGGGAGGGCGGCCACGGCGAGUUCAAGCUCACCGACCCCGACGAGGUGGCGCGGCGCUGGGGCGAGCGCAAGAGCAAGCCCAACAUGAACUACGACAAGCUGAGUCGCGCGCUGCGCUACUACUACGACAAAAACAUCAUGAGCAAGGUGCACGGCAAGCGCUACGCCUACCGCUUUGACUUCCAGGGCCUGGCGCAGGCUUGCCAGCCGCCACCCGCGCACGCCCACGCCGCCGCAGCUGCCGCUGCAGCCGCCGCCGCCGCCCAGGACGGCGCGCUCUACAAGCUCCCGGCCGGCCUGGCCCCGCUGCCCUUCCCCGGCCUCUCCAAACUCAACCUAAUGGCAGCUUCGGCGGGUGUCGCGCCCGCUGGCUUCUCCUACUGGCCUGGCCCGAACGCCACCGCCGCCACCGCCGCGCUCUACCCCACCCCGGGCUUGCAGCCCCCUCCCGGGCCCUUCGGCGCGGUGGCCGCCGCUUCGCACUUGGGGGGUCAUUAUCACUAG